CGAGGAUAAAUUCGGUUUCGGUGCGGCAGCUAUUUUUUUUUCGGUUUUGUUUUUCGAACCACAGUCGGAGACACAAUUCGCCCCAGUUGGCCGGAAGAUAAAGUGAAAAAAAGAUAUUUUUUUACGAUCUGCAUAGUGGGAGAUUUGUGCGGCAAACAAUAAAUUAACGGAUCCGCUCUUCGGUUUCAUUGGAAAUUCGGUUGUUUCGUGGUGAGAUUGACCAAUUCAUCGGAUUUUGGCAGACAUGUCGUUUGUUGUAGCCCCAAACAUUGAGCCUUACCGUAAGGGCCAAACUUUUGCCACUUGGAUCAAGCGUCUAGCGGUCCAUUUCCGGGUGAACAAGGUCAAGGAUGCGGACAAAAAGGACCAAAUGUUCAUUCUCGGGGGCGAUUAUUUGUUCGGUGUCGCAGAGAAGUUGUACCCCACGGAAGCUUUAAUGGACGAGGUGGAGUACGAGACUCUAGUCCAGAAGCUUAAGGAGAGACUCGAUAGGACUGAUUCGGUCCUCAUUCAGCGGUACAAUUUUAGUACCAAAGUACAACAGCCUGGUGAAACCGCGAGCGAUUUUAUUUUCACGCUCAAGCUGCAAGCGGAGAAUUGCGAGUUCGGCGAUCAGAAGAAUCGGCUCAUUCUUGACCGGAUUCUGGUUGGUCUGUCGGACAACAAUCUUAAACAUCGCCUCCUCACGGAGGAUAGUUCUAAAUUCACGCUUGAGCAAGCGGAAAAAAUUAUCGCUACGUGGGAAAUGGCGGCAACUCACACCAGGGCUCUAUCGAACAAUGAUGACAUCGGAUUGGUAGCUUCCAUGAAUGAUCGUCACCCUCUAACUGGAGGAAGAGGCGCGUUAGUGCGGCGGAUGAAGGAGUUAGCCGAAGGUUUCCGUCGUCCGGUGAAGAGUCGACUUGGUGUGCGACCAGAAAUUCGCCCUGCUGAGGAACGCCAUCAUUAUUCGCCGCGGCCUCGCUUCCCAUCGCAUACUGCACAGCGCCGGGAUCAGUCAGCUGGUCCGUCUCAUCAGCGAAACAGAGCGAAUGAUCAACAACGGGUAGAUCAGCGUAUUUGCGACUACUGUGGGCGCAGAGGUCACGUGCAGAGGAAGUGCUACAAGCUGAAGCAGGAAAAGAGAGGGACUGUGCAGCACAUCGACACCCUUGCAGCUGCAUCCAGUACGGGUAGCUUGGCUGAGCGAUUAACACGAUUGAGGUCCAUGGAUUGUGACUCGGAUGGUAAUGAUUCAGAUCAUGGUUGGAAACGAGGCGACAACCACCGCCCAUCCCACUCAAAUCAGAGUCGCUAAGGAUGGACGUGGCACAUCGGGCGUGCCAAGGCGAGCGAUGCGUGUUGUCGAGGAUGGUUGGCCGCUACCGACUGACGACGACACUCCUGGUUCUGGUCGGCCGCUUCCGACUACCGUUGAACCCGCGAUGGCACCCGUACCCAUGAUCGAGAACGAUGUCUGGCAGUUACCAGAUCGGAGAAGUUCGACGCAGUCUGAAAGUAAUGUGUUGAGUGAAAAUAGAAAUAGGAAGAGAAAAAAUCCGUUAGAUACGGUAGAGCUAUUUGGCCUACCGAGGCGCUCCAAACGAGCCAGAAGAACUAACAUAGAUAAAGAUUAUGAAUAUUUUUAAUGUAAUGAAUUUCUGUUCAUUCGGAAUAUUGUUAUCUCUAAAAGGGGAAGAACUAAUGUAUCUGAUGAAACAUUAUCUGAAUAGAUUUA